AUGGCGUCCAAAGAAGGUGAGAUCCGGCAGCUGAGAGCGUCUAACGCGGCGAAUGUGAGUGCUAAAGACGUCGAGAUCCGGCAGCUGAGAGCGUCUAAUGCGGCGAAUAUGAGUGCCAAAGACAGGCAGAUGCAGAAGCUGAGAGCGUCUUAUGAGGAGAAGAUGAAGGCUAAAGAUGAUGAGAUCCAGAAGCUGAAAUCCCAGGGCAAGGGAGGCGGCGGUGGCCAGUGA